CUCAAUUUCUAGAGGACAUUUGUUUUUCUAAACUACUUCUCCUCUUUCCAAAACUGGCAAGCCAUUAGUCAUCUUCAGCUCGGCACGAACCCAGAAGUGUGCGUGUGUGGCUGGCCGGAUUCGGAUCAGGCCCCGCCCUCGGCCGCCGGGACGCACUGACACCGCGGGGACCUGGCCAGAUCCCUUCUGGCCUGGUGAGAGUAGCUUCUCCCGAGCCACUAGCCCCGGGGCCAGCUCAGCCUCCUCCCCUAAACGGGACCGCCCGGCUGCGCUGUGCCAGCGCGGAGUGCAAGAAAGAAAGUUUGGAGUGUCAAGGGGAGUUGGGCCGCCGGAGGAAGGGAACCGGAAGGCAGGGGUCUCCGCUCCAAGUCUGCGCGGCGGUGGCCGCGUCCCGGGGGUGCCUGUCCCGCGGCGCACUGCAGCUGCCGGCAUUGAGCCCCCCGGCGGACUGGAACUCCCGGCCCCGGUCCCAGGCGGGCGACCAGAGCUGGGGAGGAACUUCUCUUGCGAGCUGUCGCCGUGGGCUCUCAUUGUCUGCAGGAACUCUCCGGAAUCGGGAGGGGGAGGUCUGGAUCGCUCUUCCACUGGGAUUCGUCAAGAGUUCCGGCGGCAGCUGCGGCGGUUGCAGAGUCUCCCUUUGUCCUCCUAGGACCUCCCUCCCUCCCUCUCUCCCUCCCUCUGUCAGUUAGUGGGUCCCGCUGACCCAGGAGCGGGCGCCCUAACUGCUGGCAGUCCCCCGUCCCAGGGUGCGUCCCCGGUAACUCGUACCACGGUAGCGUCCCCACCGAGUCGAGCCGAGGGGGCUGCGAGCAGGAAGGAGUCGCAGGCCCUUGGCUGCAUGAUGGUGGCGGGGUUGCCCCCGGCCCGCAGUCCCGGGAGCUGGUUGGUCCCCGGGCUGUGGCUGCUAGCUCUCAGCGGUCCUGGGGGGCUGACGAGCGCCCAGGAGCAACCCUCCUGCCGAGGAGCCUUUGAUCUCUACUUCGUCCUGGACAAGUCUGGGAGUGUGGCAAAUAACUGGAUUGAAAUUUACAAUUUUGUCCAGCAACUUACAGAGAGAUUUGUGAGCCCUCAAAUGAGAUUAUCUUUCAUUGUGUUUUCUUCUCAAGCGACCAUUAUUUUGCCAUUAACUGGAGACAGGGGCAAAAUCAGUGAAGGCUUGGACAAUUUAAAACGUGUUAGUCCUGUGGGAGAGACAUACAUCCAUGAAGGACUAAAGCUGGCAAAUGAACAAAUUGAGAAAGCGGGAGGCUUAAAGACCUCCAGUAUUAUAAUUGCUCUGACAGAUGGUAAGUUGGACGGUCUGGUGCCAUCGUAUGCAGAGAAAGAGGCAAAGAUAUCCAGGUCACUUGGGGCUAGAGUUUAUUGUGUUGGUGUCCUUGACUUUGAACAAGCUCAGCUCGAAAGAAUUGCUGAUUCCAAGGAACAAGUUUUCCCCGUCAAAGGUGGAUUUCAAGCUCUUAAAGGAAUAAUUAAUUCUAUAUUAGCUCAAUCAUGCACUGAAGUCCUGGAAUUGCGGCCCUCGAGUGUCUGUGUGGGGGAGGAAUUUCAGAUUGUUUUGACCGGAAGAGGAUUCAACUUGGGCAGCCGGAAUGGCAGUGUUCUCUGUACUUACACUGUAAAUGAAACAUACACAAAGAGUGUAAUGCCGGUAAGUGUGGAACGUAAUUCUAUGCUUUGCCCUGCACCUGCCCUGCAUGAAGUUGGAGAAACUCUUGAUGUUUCAGUGAGCUUUAAUGGAGGAAAGUCUGUCAUCUCCAGCUCAUUAAUAGUCACAGCCACAGAAUGUUCUAAUGGGAUUGCAGCCCUCAUUGCGAUUUUGGUGUUACUGCUACUCUUGGCCAUCGGUUUAAUGUGGUGGUUUUGGCCCCUUUGCUGCAAAGUGGUUAUAAAGGAUCCUCCUCCACCACCACCAUCUGCACCACAAGAGGAGGAGAAGGAACCUCUGCCUACCAAGAAGUGGCCCACCGUGGACGCUUCCUACUAUGGUGGUCGAGGAGUUGGAGGAAUUAAAAGAAUGGAGGUCCGCUGGGGUGAUAAAGGAUCUACCGAGGAAGGUGCAAGGCUAGAGAAAGCCAAAAAUGCUGUGGUGACGAUUCCCGAAGAACCAGAGGAACCCGUCAGGCCCAGACCACCCCGACCCAAACCCACACACCAGCCUCCUCAGACAAAGUGGUACACGCCGAUUAAGGGUCGGCUGGACGCACUCUGGGCUCUGUUGCGGCGGCAGUACGACCGGGUUUCCUUGAUGCGACCUCAGGAAGGAGAUGAGGACCAGAGGUAGAGAGAACCAGGUGGGUUGUGAAGCAGCCUCUUUCAUUACCAAACCAACGCGAUUAACAGAAAUUUCUUAUAUGUAAUGAAAUCUGUGCCUGUGUUUCAAUUUAUGCACCGUCAGGAGUUCUGCUUCUGGAACAACAUAUAACAACUCUAUUCGUCAAUACGCUAGACUUUCACUUUGAAGGUUUUAAAAUUGUUUUCAUGAUCAUCUUAGUUUUCUCUCCUUCAUGUUAGACAUUUGUUCAUUUGCUCAAUAAUUUUCAUCUUUUUAAGUGUGGGGUAUCAUGCUAGCCCUGAAGAUGUAUUAGCAAAAACAGAGAGUGGUUCCAGAACCCUUGUCAAUACUUUCUAUAUUUUUUAAUUCUUAUGAUUGAAAUUUUGUUUGCUUUUAUCAUUUGUAGUAAUUUUGACUAAAUUCAAAAAUUUUUGGAUUAUAAAUAUGCACAAGUAAUGGCAUCAGGUAAAAUUGGGGAGGUGGGUACGAACUAUAGACUUUGCCCUUAAGAAACCUGAAAUUUUUGGGGGGAAAUGAGACAGAUACAAAAAUAAAAUUUAUUCCAGAAUCUGGACUGGGUCAUACCAGAGGUAGGUAUCAAGUACUUCUGAGUGCAUAGUGAAGAGAGAUUAACUCUCCCUGAGGAAUUUGGGAAUGCUUAUUAAAAAAUAUAGGCCUUCUAUCUUUGAAAAUGGGUAGGGUUUCAUCAGGUGGAGUUAGGUGCAAUGCGUAUUUCCACGGAUGCAACAUCAUAAGCAAAAUCUCUGAGGCAGCCGAGAACAGUGAUUUGUGGAUUACAAGACAGUCUGAGGGCCGGGGAUUAAACCACAAUGAUAGGCUGGGAACAGAAGAGAAGAAAUCUUUGAGUUUGCAUAAACUGAUAAAUUUGUGCUUUUGAAUGAUGCAUUAUACUCAUUCAUUCAUUCAACAAAUAUUUAUCUGGUGUCUAACAUGUACCCAGCACUUCGUUAGAUACCAAGUAAAUCUAACAUUCUUCUUAAAUUAUAGUGCUAGAAUAUUCUCCAUGUUGCCCCACCAGGUAAAGCAUUAUUUUUCCAUGGUUGAAGGAAGAGUAAUGCUUGCAUUAUUUAGACUGUUUCCUUUGUUUUUUAGUAAUUUGAUUACACUUUUGUCUGAUAUACCCUUAAAGCCUUUUAUUCUGACUCUUGAGGUUAAAUUUUUUCAAAAUUGAGAAUUUUUCAGAUUUUAGGGAUCUGGUAUAGUCCAUAUAUAUUAUGUAAAGCAUCAUCUAAUCUCAUUAUUGAGACAUUCUGCUUCAGAAAUAUUAAUUACUGCAAGUGAAUAAAUACAGACUAGAUACUCUUAGGUCAGUUCAGGUCAGAUUUUGCUUCCAAAUGUAUUUUGGUGACAAACUUAACAUGAAACUUUCAGUUUUCAAAGAUUGUGUAUUUCAAAACUAUAGAUAAAAGAUUGUAAAUCUUUACUGUGUGUUGUUAACUAAAAUUCCACUUUUUCACUCUUCACCUAUAUAUGUGAUUUAUGAUUUUUAACUUGUUUUUAUUUAAAUGCAGGACUUUAAGCUUAGAAAAUAUCAAUUGCUGCUCAAUUAAUUGAUUUGUUUUUCCAUCAAAUAUACAUUAUGAUUCUGUGUGUGCCUGACACAGUCUGACGUAAUUUCUCUUCAUAAUACCUAUCCUUGAUAGCCUUACUGCUUCCGAAAAUUUGUCAACUGUAAAUUUUCAUCACUUAUUUCAAGCCAUGGUUAAAACCUCAAUGGGGUACUCCAUGGGAACCUUCCUCACAGGUUGACACUCUGCACAGUUAAUUGACAGUAAUAUGGUAAAGCUAGGAGCCCACCCAAUAGUAUAAACUCACUUUACUGUCUUAUUCACAAGGAUAUUUAAUAAAUUGUGUUAAAUAGUUUUUAUUCCCCCAUCCAACCAAACCAGUGAUGCAAAAUGAUCAUGGAAAUCAGGUAACCAUGGCAUGAUUUGCUCUAAGCUUCUGAUUCCUGCUAUGAUCCUUUAUAAUAUUUAUUAUUUUUUUAGACUGAGGUUUGAUGUCAAAUCUAUAGUUAUCAGCAUAAAACUGUUUUCCUCUAGACAACAUGGUAAAUCUCUGCCCUCCCUUCUUUUUUACUUCCCAUUUCCCCAUUUUUCAUGUUUCAGAAAGAUUAUUAAUAAUAUCUAAGUUUCUGUCAACUCCACAUCAUCUACCAGGUCCUCUUUACUUGAUAGAAUUAAUUCCAAUAUAAACUUCCCAUCCCAUACACAUACAUAACUAUAAUCUGUAUUUUUUCAGAGAUUAUAAAAUUACCUAGUGAGUCAUCCGAAUACUUUGGCAGAAUUAGUGUUCUGUACGUUACUAAGACAACUAAAGCAUCCCAAUGUUUUUUAUAUGUUUACAUUAUUUUUUAGGCAGCCGUUAUACUAUUUCCAUCACAUGAUCUCUAGAAUGCUUUCCUCCCUGACCUUCCUUCCUUCCUUCUUUCCUUCCUUCCUUCUAUGCCUUCAUCCAUCUUCUUUUUUCCUCUUUGUUUCUUUCAAGCACAUUUACCUCCACUAGGCUCUCACUUUCACAGUUGCUAAUUUCUUAUACCAGUUUGUGCAUUUCUUAUAUGCUAUGCUAAUUUUCUUCUUGGCUUCUUUUUCUGAAUGAAGCCUUUCAAUUGCUCUAUUCUUUUCCUCUGGAGCGUAAUAAAUAUCAUUAUUGAUAAGGCCAACCUAUGGGACUCUGUGAUGCCCCAAAGAAUCUGCACCAAAUAGGAUGCUUAAUUAUAUUAAAUAUUUGGUGAAUUUUACUUAAAAGGCUUUAUAAUAACCAUAAUACAUCAAGUAAUAUUAUCCAAAAAUAAUAUUUAAUUAGGUGUCUAAAUAAAAUCGUAUUUGCAUGGUGCAUGGCAUAAUCUGUACUCACACUCUAGCACCCCACAAAUUUUAUUUACAAAAAAGAACAUAUAAUAUUUUAAAACUUCUAGUGCUUUUUUUUUUUUUUGCUUCAGAGUGUCUUUCAUUUGAUAAACUUGAUUUACCUAGUAAGAAAUUGAGGACCCAAAGGCAGAAAGAGAACAAGGGACUCAGAGCAUAUUUGGCACAGCUAAUUUUGAUGUAUGAUGUUAAGAUGAGAUGAUUUGCUUUGGUAAUGCUUUAUCUAUGCAUGAGAAGAAGACCAUGGCUCACUGUUACCUUCUAUUUAUUGUGGCUAAUUAGUUAAGCCCUCAAAAAUUAAACUGUCUGAACUCUACGGUUUUUACAAAUUUAGUUUAUAUAGACAUGGUUUGUCUCAUAGGAUUACAUGGAGUAGAGAAAAAUUUAAAUUUGGGAGACUAAGAUGUCCAAGUAGCAGUGUCCUCUAGCUUUCUGUCUAUUCUUUGUGUUGAAUUUUCUAGGCAAACCAGGGCAUAAUCACUGAAUGAGAAAAUUAGUCUUGUAGUUUUGGGGAUAGCUUUAGAUGUGACUGGGCUCCACAGCAUAAGGAAGGGUAAAAUUCUUUAACCUUAGAGGUCUUCAACCUUACUUCUCUGAAACAAAUCAGCAUUUGAUUAAACUAAUUUAAAAUACUGAACCCAAACCACUCAAACUACUCAUGAAUGAUUUCAUAUAUAUGUGUAUACUAUAUAUAUAUAUGGUAUAUAUAGAGACAGAUAUUGAUUCUCACUGAGGUUUGUCUCUGCAUAUCAAAUAAUUCAUUGGUACAAAUGUUAUUAGCUACUUAAAGACAAUUCUUUUUGAAAGAAACUUUCUUAUCAAUAUAUACAUUGGUGAAUAAAUUUUGCAAAUAAUUUUGUUAUUUUCCUGUGUUUGUAAAGGUGUGUUUACAUUUGAUUAUGCUUUUUAUGAAAUGUGUGCAUGAUGGUUUAAGAGGGAUGUAUGUGUAUAAAGCAUGUGUACAUUGUAGAAAUUAGGAGGACUUUUGAAAACAUUUUCUUAUCUUUGGAUAUGGAUGCAGGUUUUUUGUUUUUGUUUUUUUUUAAGUACAGUCAAUUACAAUGUGUCAGUUUCUGGUGUACAGCACAAUGUCC